AUGGACAAGGAGUGGCUCAACUAUCCAUUCCUAUGUUCAAUGGAGAAAAUUAUGAUUUUUGAAGAAGGAGCAGAACUCACAGAUGCAGAAACAAGAACACUAAAGGAGACAAAAAGGAGAGAUGCAAAAGCUCUUGCUUAUAUUGAACAAGCAAUGAGUGAAUUCAUCUUUCCAAGAAUCAUGAGAGCCAACAUCAAAUUAAAUGAGGCUUGGGAGGCUCUACGUGAGGAAUUUCAAGGAUAUACACGUGUACGAAACAUCAAUCUUCAAACUCUAAGAUGUGAGUUUGAAAACUUGAAGAUGAAAGAUGGAGAAAGUUUAAAAGAAUAUUGCUCCAAAGUUGUUGAAAUAGCAAAUCAAAUGCUAUUGUAUGGAGAAGUUGUUGAAGAUAAGAAAAUUGUGGAAAAGAUCUUGAUAAGUUUGACUGAAAAAUAUGAUUCCAUAGUCUCUAUUAUUGAGGAGACUAAGGACAUCACAAAGUUGAACAACCUUGAGUUAAUGGCAUCACUACAAGCACACGAGCAAAGGUUGUUAAGACACUCCGAAAAAUCUAUUGAGAGUGCUUUACAAUCUAAGCUCAAUGUGUCCACAAAAUCACAAGGAGAAUCAUCAAAAGGAGGCAAAUCAGGCCGUGGAGGAGGAAGAAAUCAACUAGAAAACAGCUCCAACAACUCCCAACAAAAAUAUGGAAUUUGCAAAAGAAGCAACCACGUUGACAAGGAUUGUUGGUUUCAAGGAAAGCCACAAUGCAACCACUGCAAAAAGUUUGGCCAUGUGGAGAAGGAUUGUAGAUUUAAGAAUCAACAACAAGCAAAAGUCACUGAAGAAAAAGGAGAGCAAGUCAUUUCUUUGCAAGCUGUCAAAUGGCCAAAGAGAAAAAUCACAAUAUUUGGCUGUUGGAUAGUGGGUGCAACAAUCAUAUGUCCGGAAACAAAAGCAUUUUUACAAGUGUGGAUGACAAAGUGA